AGUUGUUUAUAACCAAUAAAGCGUAUGUUUAAUACGUGUUAAAUUGUUGCUAUAUAUCUUUGAAAAAUUGUUCUUUGUGAAACAUAUCCUAAUUUCUAAACUAGUUAUAUGAUACCAUAUCAUUGAAUUAAAUUGGUUGCCAUGGAAAUGAUAGAAUCACAAACUUGGACAAUAAAAACAUAUUGGAACAGUCGAACGCAAGCGCGCAUAUUUUUCGCAAAUUUAAAUAGAUUAAAUAGAUUUGCAAUGAAUUCGUGGCGUAAAAGUCGUUUAACGUUUAAGUAUUUUGAUCAGUCUUGAUGUGAUGUGUUUUAUGUAAGAUGUAAAAUUUAACAAUGGCUAGUUAUGAGGGCAAUGUGGAGCAGGGAAAAAAGAAGCACAGUUACAGAAGAGCAUCCUUUAUAAAUAGUAGUUCUGAGACUAGUAAGCCAGUUUAUUGUCGCAGACGUGCUUCAAAAGCUAAACAUACGCUUAAAUCUCAUGGGGCUCAUAAAAAUUCGUCAGAUUGGAACAUAGAUGAUAUGGAUGAUAAUGACGAUAAUAUAUCAAUAAGGCAUAAGAAACGUGAUCAUGGAAAAAAUAAGAAAGCACAUAGUAAUAGUGAAGUACAAAAACAAUCAUUUGAAGACGAUGUUGAAUUAGAUACUAUUAAUGUGUCUUCAAAAAUAAGGAACAAACAUCCUUCUAAAGAUUCCCUAAGAAUAGCUAAUGAAUAUCAUAAAUUAGAAAAACGAUAUAAACAUGUUGAAGAGGAAUGUCAAAAACUAGGUACUUUAUUAGAGCAACGAGAAAUAGAAUAUAAAAGUAUAUGUUCACAUUAUGAAACCUUAAUUCAUAUGGUACGAGAACUGGAAGAGGCAAAAGCUGAGCUAACAAAACGCAAUGAGAGACUUGAAACACAGAAAGUUCAAUCAAAUGAAGAUAUAUUACUUUUAAAAAAUAUUGUCUAUCAAUUAAAUGCUGAACUGGAGAGGUAUCAAGAUAAAUUAAGAGAUCAUAAACUUGAGAUCAAUUCUGUGAAUGUAGAAAGUGGUGAAAAAGAAGAGAGGUACAAUCACAGAGUAUGGGGAAGCAUUAAUUUUCAUGCAUUAGGCCCACUGUUGAAUGCCUAUCAAGAGAAUAUAUCAGAAAAACGUGAACUUCUCCGCAUGUAUGAACAAGAGAUGGCUGACUUUGGUAAUAGAUGUAAAGAAGUCAUCACAGAGAAUGAACUUAUGCACAAGGAAGUAGAAGAAUUAAAGUUAGAGUGUAAUGGAUAUGCAAAAGAAAUUACGACAUUGGUUGAAAAUACAGCAUCUUUGAAGAAGCAGAACGAUCUGUUGCAAAAGGAAGCUGCAAAUUUAAAAAGGGAAUCUGCUGAAAUACGAUCAUCAUACGAAUUAAAAAUGGAAAUAAUUUUGAAGCGCAACGAAGCGCUCAGAAAAGAAAAUAUGUCCUGCGCAUCGGAACUGAACAACCUGCGCGGGAAAUACGAAAUUUUAAGCAAAGAAUUUGAAAAAAUGAAAAACAAAGAGGAUCAAACGAUACCAACGACCGUCCACACUGCCGCCAUCGAAGAAUGUAAAAAACUGUUAGACGAAUUAAAAUAUCGGUAUGAAAAUGAAAAACGAAAUCUUUGCACUCAAAUAAAACGCAUGGAAGAGAAUCAACCAGAGAACGAGAAAGAACUUGUGAUGGCUAUAGCCGAAAGAAAUCACUUGAAAGGUCUAGUGGAAAACCUCGAGAAAAACUUGAAACGCACGCAACGCAAAAUGGAGCAUAUGCAAGGCCUUGUUUAUUCAACUCGAGUUUCACGUGAUUCUCUCAAAGGACAGUUAAGUAAGGCAACUGCUUAUUGCGAAGAAUUAUUUUCUGAAUAUGAGAGGAUGGUCGCGGAAAGAGAAAAGUUGCUGACUCUUUUACGCGAAACAGAAAAAGAAAAUGCAAACAUCGAUCGCCUUGGGAAGAGUAUUACGAAUCGGGUGGAUGAUUUGAAGAACCAAUUAGAAAUUGUCCGAAGAGGUGCGAGACAGCAAGCAGAGUCUGCGGAAAAACGUAUAAAGCUACAAGAACUACGUGUUCGCCGAAUGAAGCGUAUCUACCGACAUAAAGUGCAGCAUUUAAACGAUAUCAUUAAGCAGAAAGAAGACAUUAUUGGAACGUUGCAGACAGAAAAACAAGUUAAUAGAGAUAAACUCCAAGCAGAAAAUAACGACAGAGCUCAAUCAGCCAAACCUAAUAAUCCAUGAUCUCAAAGUCAUGUUGGAAAACAUCAGCACAUCGUUAACCUGAUGAUAAGAUCAUGUAUGAUACAUUGGACUUUGAAACUGAUAUUCAACGAAUCUCUUAAUAAACAUCUAAUUAUGGAAUAGGUGUUACUCGAAAGAUCGUCCUCGUAUUUACCGACCGUGUCAGUCGCUUUAUUUAGCGGUGACAUCAAAUGAAGCAAGUGGCCGCGAAGGCUACCGUUUGCCGCUAUAUGAAUGGCCGAUGGCGGUGGAGACUAAUCUCCUAGUGAAAAGUUGAUGUCAUCCGUUAUAGGUAUGAUGUCAGACACGUUCCAUUCAUUCAUAUGUAAAUUACACCUGUUUUUAGUGGAAGGUCUUUUUUUACAAAAUUUUAUAAUGUCAAGCAUCGAAUAAUCAUUAAAUUUUAAUACUUUAUAACGCUAAA